CAUUUUCCAAAUCUUUCCAUUCCUCUUUUUUUGAAAGAAGCUCAACACAUUAUUCCCACAAUGGCUGCCAAGCAGAACUACAAAGUUGCCGACAUCUCGCUCGCCGAGUGGGGCCGCAAGGAGAUCGAGCUCGCCCAGAACGAGAUGCCCGGCCUCAUGUACCUGCGCGAAAAGUACGGCGCUGCCCAGCCCCUCAAGGGUGCCCGCAUCUCUGGCUGCCUGCACAUGACCAUCCAGACUGCCGUCCUCAUCGAGACCCUCACCGCUCUUGGCGCCCAGGUCAUGUGGUCGUCGUGCAACAUCUUCUCGACCCAGGACAACGCUGCCGCUGCCAUCGCCGCCGCUGGCAUCCCCGUCUUCGCCUGGAAGGGCGAGACCGACGAGGAGUACCUCUGGUGCAUUGAGCAGACCCUCAUCUUCCCCGACGGCCAGCCCCUCAACAUGAUUCUCGACGACGGCGGUGACCUCACCAACGUUGUCCACGACAAGUACCCCCAGUACCUCGCUGGCAUCCGCGGCAUCUCUGAGGAGACCACUACCGGUGUCAAGAACCUCUACAAGAUGUUCAAGCAGGGCAAGCUGAAGAUCCCCUCGUUCAACGUCAACGACUCUGUCACCAAGUCCAAGUUCGACAACCUGUACGGCUGCCGCGAGUCGCUCAUCGACGGCAUCAAGCGUGCCACCGACGUCAUGAUUGCCGGCAAGGUCGCUGUCGUCGCUGGCUUUGGCGAUGUCGGCAAGGGCUGCGCUGCCUCCCUCAAGUCGAUGGGCGCCCGCGUCCUCAUCACUGAGAUCGACCCCAUCAACGCUCUCCAGGCCGCCAUGGAGGGCUACCAGGUCACCACCAUGGAGGUUGCCUGCGCUGAGGGCAACAUUUUCGUCACCACCACCGGCAACAAGGACAUUAUCACCCGCAAGCACUUUGAGCACAUGCACGACGACGCCAUCGUCUGCAACAUUGGCCACUUUGACUGCGAGAUUGAGGUUGCCUACCUCAACCAGAUUGCCAAGAAGGUCCAAAUCAAGCCCCAGGUCGACCGCUACACCAUGCCCUCUGGCAAGCACAUCAUCAUCCUCGCCGAAGGCCGCCUCGUCAACCUCGGCUGCGCCCGUGGCCACCCCUCGUUCGUCAUGUCCAACUCGUUCACCAACCAGGUCCUCGCCCAGCUCGAGCUCUGGCAGCACGCCGAGAAGUACCCCCUUGGCGUCCACAUGCUCCCCAAGCACCUCGACGAGAUGGUCGCCCGCUGCCACCUCGAGAAGCUCGGUGUCAAGCUCACCACCCUCUCGGCCGAGCAGGCUGACUACAUUUCGGUUCCCCAGAACGGCCCCUACAAGCCCGACCACUACCGCUAUUAAGCGCUCUACCGUUCCUUCACUGCGUGCUCUCAAUUUAGGAGUUUGAAUCAAAUAAUUCAACAUUGAGAGAGCGCGCGCGUUACGUUGCGGAUUUUGUUGUGGCACCCCUUUCCUCUGUUUUGAUGCGAUUGUUUUCAAUAUAACUUUUUCUUGCAA